AUGCACACUGCACUUAGAGCACUUGGUCCAUAUGGUUGGUAUUUUAAUAGUGGUUGUUCUAGGCAUAUGACAGGGGAUAGAACAUUGUUUACCACUUUUAAGGAAUGCUCAGUUGGUAGUAUUACUUUUGGUGAUGAUAAAACUUCUACUGUAAAUGGCAAAAGUAAGAUCAAAUUUCCAGGAAUUGGGGAGUUAAAAAAUGUUUUAUAUGUUAAAGGUUUAGCUACUAAUCUGUUGAGUAUUAGUCAAAUCUGUGAUGAAGAGUUUCAAUUACUGAUGAGGCUAUAUUAUGGCAUAAAAGACUUGGACAUGUCUCUUUGCCAACUUAUUCAAAAUGAGAAGGGAUAUCGAAUUAGGAGCGAUAAUGAAGGUGGAGAAGGUGAAGAAGUUGAAAAAGAUGAGGAUGAGGAAUUAGAGGUCAACACUGAUGAACCUAUAGGAAUUCCUGCACCAUCUCUAGAUAUUCCCACAUCUAACAGUUCUAGAGUUAGAUUGAGUCACUCAAUUGACAAUGUGAUAGGUCCAUGGGAUAAGCAUGGUACUAGGAGUACAGUCCGUGAUGAUGUAGGACACUCAUGCAUUGUAGAUGAUAUUGUUCACUCAUGUCACAUUGCUCAGUUUGAACCUAAGAAUGUUGAUGAAGCUCUUCAAAGUUCUGAUUGGCUUAUGGCUAUGCAAGAAGAAUUGCUUCAAUUUGUGAAGAACGAUGUUUGGGAACUAGUGUCUCGACCUAGUGAUGUUAAUAUCAUAGGGACCAAAUGGAUCUUUAAAAAUAAACUUGAUGAACAUGGUCUUGUGAUGAGAAAUAAAGCUAGAUUAGUUGCACAAGGAUACACUCAAGUUGAAGGAAUUGAUUUUGAUGAGACUUUUGCACCUGUUACUAGACUUGAGUCUAUUCGAUUUCUUUUUGUUUUUGCAUUUAUGAGUAAAACUUUUGAAAUGAGCAUGGUUGGUGAACUGACUUUCUUUCUACGUCUCCAAGUGAAACAACUUGAUGAUGGGAUUUUUAUAUCUCAAUCAAAGUAUGCAAAGGAGCUAGUUAAGAAGUUUGCAACUAGGCCAGAUAUUUCAUUUAGUGUAGGUGUUUGUGCUAGGUAUCAAGCUGAUCCUAGAGAACAACAAAUUCUUGCAGUCAAGCGCAUUAUUCGUUAUGUCAAUAGUACAUUGAAUUAUGGAUUGCGUUAUUCUUCUGAGUCUAACUCUGAGAUUGCAGGCUAUACUAAUGCUGAUUAG